AUUAAUAUUUUGGUUUAUAAGAGAUUUUAGAUUCAAACCUGGUAUAUGCAUCUUGUUGUAUAGUACGGAGUUGAUUAUAACAAUUCAAACAUAUAAGUUGAACCGCAUUUUUGGUGUGAAACUUUUGUACUUGUUGAUUACUAAACGCGUCCUAAUCACUGAUGGUAAACCUAUAACAAAAGUGUAUGAGAAAUGUUCAAUGGAUGGUGAUGUAAUACUAGAUGCUAACAUGGUUUAUUAUAAUUUUCCAAGACCCACAAUCAUGUGAAUUAUUAAAGUCUUGUAAUCCAUAUAUAAUGCGUGUAAGGUCACAAAAAAUACGGUAUAUACUUUUAUUUUAAACUAUAUUAAGUAUCAACAUCAAUCGAAAAAAUGAUUUCCCUUUGAAAAUACUACAAAAUGUUAUCAUCAAGUUGAUUCUAAAUAAUGCUAUCAUUAUUCUUCUGUUAUUAUUAUUGUAAUAUACGAAAACGACUCGUAAGUGGGUUGCUUACGGAAAACACAGACAUACGAAUGUGACGCAGAUGUAACUGCAAAUAUAUUUUUUUUUUGUAUACGAUGCCCCCACUCUUUCUUUAUUUUUGCUUCUUUACCUUUUUAAAAUGAACGCACAUAAUUUUAUUAGUACGCUUUUACCAAGUUUUUUUGAAGAUAGUUGUUAGAAACUAUAAUAUUACUUAACCGUUUUUAAUUUCCAUUACAUAGUUUUUAUUUAUGAAAAAUCAAGUAAAUAGAAAGAUGAAAACAACUAACAUUCUCUAAAGAACACUUUUGAAUUUACUCCAAAGCCCAUACUAAACCAUGUUAUUAUAUAUAUUUUAGAUGGAUUCAAGUCGAUCGAAGCCUAAGUAAAAGAUGGCUAGUAGUGGGAAGCUCAUGAGAUUGUAUAAAUCUUUUAACAAAACUUGCAUGUUUUCUUAAUAACAUUUGUACUUUUGAAUGGUUUUGAUUCUUUUGAACGGGCCGAUCAUAUACAAUGGCUGAAUAUCUGACUCAUCAGAUUACAUGAAAGAUUUUGUAAUUUUGGUUUGGAAAGAUAUAAUAAUUUGAUAUUUUCAGAGUACAAAUAGUGAGUAAGAAACGACAAAGAAUAACAUAUUCUCUUACAUUUCUAAAAAAAUUACUAUUUAGGAGAAAUCUUUUUCUUUUUCAUUCUUUACCAUUCUUUUUUGUAGAGAAAUAAAGAAUAAGGUUAUUAUUUAUUAAAUAUGAAAUAAAAAAACUAUUUAUUUUCAUUUAUACAAUUUUAUUUCUCUACGUUCAUUUCCUAUUUGUUUCUCUGGUUUCCAGAAUGGUCAUCAGUCGGAUCGACCGGUGAUUUAACGUAAAGCAUUUACAACAAACACAUCUUAUUAGAAUUUGUGGCUUCUAAAAACCAGUAUUGCCAUUUGGUAAAUUCGAAAUUUAAUACAAUGUAUCACUUAUUUUCAUUGUUCCUUGUAUAGAUAUAAUCUCAGGACAAUAUAAUAGAAAGUGCACCCCCGAAAAAGUUCAUUAUAUUUAAGUUUAAAAUUAAUUGUUUCCUAUAGAUUUAAAUAUACCUCCUCGUCACUCAUCCCCCUCGACGAUUUACGUGUGUACAUCGACCUCUCUCAAUCUCUUUUCGCUGCAAGCCUUACAAGAUCAAGCAUGGAUGAAGAAUACGAGGUUAUUGUUCUCGGAACCGGUCUCAAGGAGUGCAUCCUCAGCGGCCUCCUUUCUGUCGAUGGUGUCAAGGUGAUUCACAUGGACAGGAAUGAUUACUAUGGUGGAGAAUCAACAUCUCUUUACCUCAAUCAGCUUUGGAAGAAGUUCAGAGGAGAAGAGAAGGCUCCUGAGCAUUUAGGUGCAAGCAGGGACUACAACGUUGACAUGAUGCCUAAGUUUAUGAUGGGAAAUGGCAAGCUCGUUCGUACACUUAUUCACACAGAUGUUACAAAAUAUUUGUCGUUUAAAGCAGUUGAUGGAAGCUAUGUUUUCGUUAAAGGGAAGGUUCAAAAGGUGCCAGUGACUCCUAUGGAGGCCAUGAAAUCUAAUCUCAUGGGCAUAUUUGAGAAACGUCGAGCUGGCAAGUUUUUUGGUUAUGUUCAGGAUUACGACGAGAAGGAUCCCAAAACACACAACGGAAUGGAUUUGACCAAACUUACAACUAAGGAACUGAUUGCGAAAUUUGGUCUUGAUGACAACACUAUUGACUUUAUCGGUCACGCGAUUGCACUUCACACCAAUGACGAACAUCUCCAUCAACCUGCCUUGGAUACUGUUAUGAGAAUGAAGCUCUAUGCGGAAUCUCUUGCACGUUUCCAAGGAAGCUCUCCAUAUAUUUAUCCUCUCUAUGGGUUGGGAGAACUACCUCAGGCAUUUGCACGGCUUAGUGCUGUCUAUGGUGGUACAUAUAUGUUGAACAAACCUGAUUGCACGGUAGAGUUUGACGAGGAAGGUAAGGUUACUGGUGUAACAUCUGAGGGAGAGACCGCCAAAUGCAAAAAGGUUGUGUGUGACCCUUCUUACCUGCCCAACAAGGUUAACAAGAUCGGCAGAGUUGCUAGGGCCAUCGCAAUUAUGAGCCACCCUAUUCCAAACACCAAUGACUCUCACUCAGUACAGGUCAUCAUACCCCAGAAGCAGUUGGCCCGCAAGUCAGACAUGUAUGUCUUCUGUUGUUCAUACUCCCACAACGUGGCUCCCAAGGGAAAGUUCAUCGCAUUUGUGUCGACAGAUGCAGAGACUGAUAACCCUCAAACCGAACUAAAGGCUGGAAUUGAUCUUUUGGGUCCUGUUGAUGAGAUAUUCUUCGACAUGUAUGAUAGAUACGAGCCUGUCAACGAGCCCGCUUCGGACAACUGCUUUAUAUCAACGAGCUAUGAUGCUACAACACACUUCGAGACAACGGUUGCUGAUGUGUUGAACAUGUAUACCUUAAUCACCGGAAAGCAACUAGACCUAAGUGUUGAUCUGAGUGCAGCGAGUGCUGCAGAGGAGUGAGGAACCUGUGAUCAUUCUCUCUAGUUGUUGUUUCCUUCUUUUUCAUUUCUUUUCGUUGGUUUCAAUACAUAAUCAGAUCGAUGCUCUUUUUUUUUUAUGUUGAAUGUUUGGUUAAGACUUAUAAAAUCUCUUUAAAACCUUAACUUUUUUCAGCUGUUGGUGUCCUCUUUUAUUUAUGGAGGAUAUAGAACGAAGCUAAAUAUGUUUUUUACCUAUGA